GAGGGCGGGGAGGAGAUGCAGGGUGCCGUGGGGCUACGCUGCACCUGGGACAUUCCACCACCCUCUGGCACCCAGGCCAAGUGGGUGAGGCUCAAUGUGGGGGGCACCGUCUUCCUCACCACCAGGCAGACCCUGUGUCGGGAGCAGAAAUCUUUCCUGUGUCGCUUGUGCCAGGGCGAGGAGCUGCAGUCGGACCGGGAUGAGACUGGUGCAUACCUAAUAGACCGGGACCCCACUUACUUUGGACCCAUCCUGAAUUUCCUCCGUCAUGGGAAGCUGGUCCUGGAUAAAGAUAUGGCUGAAGAGGGGGUCCUAGAAGAAGCUGAGUUCUACAACAUUGGUCCUUUAAUCCGAAUAAUCAAGGAUCGACUGGAGGAGAAGGACUACACAGUAACUCAGGUGCCUCCUAAGCAUGUCUACCGUGUGCUACAGUGCCAGGAAGAGGAGCUCACUCAGAUGGUUUCCACUAUGUCGGAUGGAUGGCGCUUUGAGCAGCUUGUGAACAUCGGCUCAUCCUAUACCUAUGGGAAUGAGGAUCAGACAGAGUUCCUGUGCGUGGUCUCCAAAGAGCUGUACAACUCCCCCAAUGGCCUGAGCUCAGAGCCCAGCCACAAAGCCAAGAGCACAGAGGAGGACCCGGAGGAGGAAGAGCAGGAGGUGGAAAAGGAGGCAGAAGCAGAGGAUAAAGGUGCAGCAAAUCCUUGAGGAAAAUCAUAAAAGUAAACCCCAAGCAUAGACCCGUCCACCGUUCUGCUGUUACAAGCCAGAGGUCUCAGGAUGUGAUCCCACUACUCCACGCCAGCCUUUUAAUUUCUGAUUUAUAUCUGUAUUUUUGUACUGCAGUGUACAGCAGCCCCUUGCCCCACAGUGACACUCCGCAGCCACACUCUCCACUCACUCUUCACAUGCAGCAAUUCUUUUUUUUUUACGAACUCACCUCGGAGGCCUGAGAUUCAGCCCUGGAGGAGGGCAAGAUGAUCUAAGGAGACCCUGGACUGCUGCAGGGGCUGGAGCACAGGGUCCCCUUGCCAUGCCUGGCAGGCUGGCUUUCCUUAAUGUCACAGUGGCCCCUACUGGGGACAUCAGGGAUCAGCCACUGCAGCCUGAACACCCUGGAUGCCACUGAAGCCCCGAGGUGGUGGCAGCUGCUGUAGGACCAGGCCUUGUCCUUUCGCUGUUGCGGGCAGCUUAUUGGGGAUUGUGUCCAGAGGGCAAAUGAAGAGCCCUCUGAUGAAGAGCCACAGCCUUUUUCUCGGGGUGUCCCUGUGCUGGGUAUCAUGCUUCUGUCCCCCAAAGCAGCCCUGGGUUGGCAAGGUGAGGAGGAGAAAGGGCUUCCUGGGUACCUAGAACAUGCCAGUACCUAAAUAUGUCUCUGCUAGCAUGAGGAGAUCCCCUGGAAUCUCUGGAAGAGGGUCGUUUUCUUCACUGCUCUGU